AAAAUGGAACGAAUUGACCGCGCGGCAUUCGGCGGGGCCGUGCUGAUUGCCGUUGCCGCCACCGGACCAAGCCCAUUUCUCGUCGAGAUUGGGUUUUAUUUAUAGAUGAAAACCCUUGAUAUCGCGUUUAUGCUCGCGCAUUGUAACUGGGCACGCAUCGGUGCGUACAAGAUGCGCGCGGUCGCAACGUCGUGCCGCAAAAUGUGUGGCUUCCGUAACCCGCUUGAUAUACCGGCUCGCCCUUUGUGUCGGAAGGUUUCUUCGUAGAUCUAACUCGUAAUAACAUGUUGCGUCACCAACAUCACACAAUGCAAAACCAACUUCGAGACCAUAAUAGAAUGGCAGGACCGAUACGGCCGAUGCAGCAGGCCAAUAUGCCCCCGUUACAUCAGCCGCAACAUAUAUUGCCACAUCGGAGUCCACAUCAACCAAUACUCUCCAUACCACCCCAUCAACAGCAUAUGCAUCAUAUGCAGCAUCCUGGGCCUCCACAUGGAAACCCGAGGCAGCCGAUGUUGAUGGGCAUGAAUACACACAAUACGAACAACACUAUGGUCGGCGUUGGCAUGAAGGAUCAAGCGAACACAGUUUCUGUGACUCUUCAGAACUCGAGUGUCCAGCAGGCUCAGUAUCAACAUCAGCAGCAAUCACAACAGCAACAACCGAACAACCAGCAGAAUCAAUCGUCCCAACAACAGUCAUUACCGCAAGCGCAGCAGCAACAGGUGCCACAAGCGCAGCAACAACAGCAGCAUGUAACUCAACAGUCGAGCAUGGAACAGGCAAAGUCGACUGAUGGAGAGUCCGUAGAUGACAAUUUGUCGACUCAGGGUCACGCUUCGACCAGCUCAUCUUUGGCAAACAUGAAAGAAAAAACGCCCAUGUGCUUGUUGAACGAAUUGGCGCGAUUUAACAGGAUUCAACAUCAGUACAGAUUGACCAACGAACAAGGACCGGCGCAUAAGAAGAAAUUUACAGUGACGCUGAAACUCGGCGAGGAAGAGUACGUCGCGGAUGGUCCCAGCAUAAAAAAGGCUCAACACAGCGCGGCGACCGAAGCACUAGCGAAUACCUGGUACCGUCAACCUCCACCUAAACCUACCAAGGCCAUGAGGAUCGGCCACUUGGGCAAAUGUCCGACUGGCGCUGGCGAAAAUCUCCAAUCGUACCGAUUUGCGUUUACAGGACACUUGCCACCCACCGUCGAAUUGAACGCGCUAGCGAUGAAACGCGGUGAGCCGACUAUCUACACGUUCCGGCAAGCUCCGCCGGCCGCGUUGCAGCAUCAGUUUAUGCCGCACGCUUUCGGCGGCAACUUUCAGCGAGGGUACACUCCCCGACUCACGUACAAUCGUGGAGUCCAUCCGGAUCAUCAAGGAAUGUAUCUCGUCUCCCUGAAGGUUGGCGAACGGGAGUUUACGGGUAGAGGUCUCACUGGCCAAGCGGCUCGCCAUGACGCGGCCAGUAGGGCUCUAGAGCAACUGCGCCAGUUACCGCUGCCUGAGGAGAUGUCGAGCGUCACCAGCGCUAACGAGAACGGUACCCUGACCGGUAUCGACGAUCCAAACGCCGAAUUGAAGAGCCCGGUAUCUCUGGUCCACGAAACCGCUUUGAAGCGUGGAUUGCCAGUUACCUUCGAGGUGGUAUCGGAGACCGGUAAACCGCACAUAAGGACUUUCACGACGAAAUGCACCGUCGGUGAUAAAUUCACUGUGGGAGAGGGAUCCUCGAAGAAGGUGUCGAAGAAACGCGCCGCCGAGUCGAUGUUGGAUCAACUGAAGCUUCUUCCUCCGUUACCCGCUAUCAUACAGAACCGAUCGACGCGAGUAAAACGUAAGCCGCCGGCGACGAAAAAGAAAUCCCGUAAUUUAAUCAAAGUCUAUCAGGAGCCCCGUUCGGAGAACGAAGCCGCGGAGGAGGUGAAUCCGGUCUCCCGGCUAGUUCAGAUCCAACAAGCGAAGAAGGAGAAAGAACCGGUCUACAAUCUGAUAGAUGAGAAGGGUGCACCGAGACGCAGAGAAUUUGUUAUGGAGGUGACGAUGGGCCAGCAUUCCGCGCAAGGAAUUGGACCUAACAAAAAGUUGGCCAAGAGAGCCGCGGCUGAGGCACUUUUGACGCAAUUAGGAUACAGCAAACCAUCGCCACAACCCGCGAAGCCAUCCAUAAAGACGGGAGAAAGCGAGAAUACGGAGUCGAAGCCCAGAAAAGUAACGUUUCUUGAGGAUGAACAAGUAAAUGACACUCAACCUCAUUCGGUAGGAGGUACUAUAGGCCGCCAAUUAGUACCUGGUCUUUUACUGGUGGACGGAGGUCAGGAAUCUAAAUUGGGAAAUGGACCCAGCGUACAAAUAGUUGCUGAAGAGUUGCGCGGCCAACAACAGAAUUCGGCGGGAGUUUCGCCCAGCGAUCAGUUGACUUAUUUAGCGCAGUUAUUCAAUUUCAGCGUAGAAUUCAACGAUUUCCCCAAGGGAGUGUCCAUAAAUAAGGAAUACUUAUCACUUGUGUCGAUAGGCACCGAUCCACCACAAGUUUGUCACGGGAAUGGGGAGACGAUAAUCGCGAGCCGCAAUCAGGCGGCGUUAAGGGCCCUUCGUACUCUCAGUAAAUUAGGACUUGACAAUGCCUCGAACGGAACGCAAGUAAAGAAGGACAAAGGUGCGUCCGGGGACGGGAUACACAUUAACAUGCAGGUUAAAAAUAACAUGAUGGAUGGAGCUAUCGACAAGUAACCAAAUAGCGCAUAAGACUUAUGUAUGAUGUUGAGUUUUAUAUUUAUGCUUCUUUAAGACACUGCAGAAGUGCAUCAAUCGAAGACGUGUAACAAUUUUGUUAAAAAAAUUAUCAAUUAUUCAUAAUCUUGAUAAUGAAUAAUGACCUUAUAAUCGUAAUCUUCAUUUCUUGUCGCUGUUCAAAAUAUGCUAUUGUUUUAUCCCAGUAUUAUUAUCUCAUACCAGUAAAAUCUUUACUGAUUUUUCCUUAUGUAUAUAUAAUAUAUUGUACUAAUAAUAAUAAUUUGUAAUAAUAAUUUGACUAAAUUUGUAUAAAAAUUUACUCUCCUUCGAAAUUAUAUAAUAUAAUUAUUAUAUAAUUAUAUAAUAUAAACAAAAAAGAUUAUAAUGAAAGAUACAUGAUCCAAUAUUUCCAUUUUAUUGUUGAAUCCUUUGUCAAUUUCUUUGCUUGACAUGGAGAGUUAGGCAGAUAUCAAUUUUUACGAAAUUCUUUGUAUUAAUUAAUCGUAUGUAUAUUUACGAAAUAUAUUUUUUGCAGCGUCUUUAGUUAUGUUAAAAUGUCGAUCAAGUACCAAUACGCGAUUUGUACGUAGUAAUUAUGCAAGAAUUCCUGCGUUUAAUGAGUAAAACUAUCUGAUUAGUUACAACAAAAACAGAUUCAGGUUUCUGCGACUUUUUCUUACUAUGGAUCGUUAUUCAAUAAUUCGUAACUCUUGCAAAAUUAAUGGUACUGUAAAAUCGCGAGAAAUGAUAUAUUAUUAGUGUUUGAUCCUGAUUGCGAUCCUCGCAGUGACAGCUAUAAUUGCUAUAUUUAUUGUAACAUUUUCAUUGAGGGGAUCACAAUUCAAAGAUAUUUGUGCAUGAUAAUUCGAAAUGGUCAUUCUCCAGUUGAGCUCGGUUUAUGAUCAUGUGAAUAUAAUAUUGUAGGUAAAUAUUAAGCAAAGUCGCGCGUUCUGGAGGUAAAGUGUGACCAUAUCUUUUGAAUUCCUUGGCUUUCUCAUUAUCAUGAAUAAAGCGCUAUGUCUUAUUACCUAAUAUUAAUGCACGGAUUAACCGGUAGUUUUCUCUUUUUUUCUCUUUUCUUUAAUAAUAUUUAUUAUGUAUCCUCGUUUGCCCGAGAGCAAGUAUCUUAUGUUCGUUCAUAUAAGACGUAUAAUUUUCCAUUGACUCGCAUAAAGAAAUUACACAUAAAAUUACACAUCUUUUUCCAGAGCAAAUUCUCUGACCACACGCGGCAGAGACACGUGCUGAUUAAAUGAUCGUACGAAAGAUUAAAAGUAGUUAACAUUUAAAUUGAUAAAUAUAUAGGUAAUGCGAUAUACACUGUCCCUAAGCCUCAAUUUGCUCUUCCAUGAGGAACACGAGCAUUUUGGGGUCACAUAUUCAUGUAUCGUAAAAUAUUGAGAAACGAGAGGAAUAGAAAUUUCCAUACAUCUAUCAUUCAGAGAUAGAAAGCAAUGAUACGCUGUCUCGGAAAUUUCGUUGAAUCUGAAAAUAGAAAAAAAAAGGUAAUAAUUCCCAAUUUUCCCCAUUGCAAAAUAUUGUUUUAAGUUUGCGAAGAAACAUUUCUGAAGCAAUGGCGAAUUUUGCCUGAUUGAGAAGAGAACAGAAAUUUCUAUACACCCAUCAUUCAUAAGCGAUUAAGAUAAUGAUUGCUGUAUCGGGAAUUUCGAUGAAUCUAAAGAGAGAGAGAGAGAGAAGGUAAUAAUUCAAAAUUUGUCCCGUUGCGUCAAGACUAUCGCAGAAUUGUUUUAAUUUUACGAAGAAAUAAUCCUGAAACAACGGUGAAUUUUGUGUUGUUGCCGAAAAUGUAUAAGGAUGCUAAAGUGGAUAGAACUUAUUAAUGAAUGAGGAUAAACAUUGAGAAACGGUACAAACUCCUCGAAUAUUCGUGUAACUUUUACAUUUUUAAUUUAAAUCUCGCGUAUUACGGGAAGAACAUCGUGUUUUGUUUGAAAAUGUAUAGCGAUGCAGAGCUUUGUACCGGUUUGUUCUCAAGCAAGCGAGUUGUCUUCUAUUCAUUGUUCGUACGGUAUGCAAUUUAUUGAACAACAGAUACAAGCGACUGGUAAAAUGUAUUAUUGUUCAUUAAACUCAUACAUACUCUCGCAUAGACCUUAUCCAUUGCUCGGUACAUUGGAAAUUUAUAAAAAAUGUUGAUGAUUGUUUUUUAUCAAAAUUGUACACAAGUUAUAUUGGAAAAUCCGAAUUCGAAGGCUGGUUCCGCCGAGACAUUCGCUGAAAAAUUAUUUAUUAACUUUUUGAGACUCUGAUUGAGUUGUUUUGCUUGGAUACUGAUCACUUUCGUAGGUGGGCCUUUCUUGUUCAUGUGGCAUUCAGUAUUAUGAGACACAGUGGUAGAUUCCAUUAUGUAUAGUUUUUCAAGAGACAAACUGGGAGAAGAAACACGGAUUAAACAACUGGCGUCACAUAUGCUGCGAAAGAACAAUUUUAUGCGUGUAAACUGUAAUACCAUAUAGUUAAUAUUAAUGAUAGAUAAGCGCAUAAUGUAUCACUUUACUGCGAUAAACGGAGACGGAAUCCUUUAACACUUUGAGGAAAGCCCACAUUCGCGUCGAGAGAUCGACCUGCACGCAUGUCGGUGGACUUGAUCCGCAAAUUGUUGAGGAAACAGAACUCGAGAUACGAUCACGGCGAGAAGGGAAAGAAGCUCAUUGCAAAAUAGUUUCACGACGGCGAUGAUGAUGUUGCGUGAUCCAUAUUGCGUUUAUUAUUACGUUCUUCUGACGCCGCGACGUACGCGUACACGCGGAUUACUGCGAGCGUUUGCUUACUUUUAAUUAGAAUUAGCGAGGUCGAGUGAUUGUUAUUCGUUUGCCGUUUCGAAAAUUGCUGUUUUGUAUAAAGUAUACUAAAUUCUCUCGGUUUUUCGCUUAGCUGACUGUGAAUGAGUACCGAACGCAUGAAGAGUACACUCGAUACCAAUAGUUUAAUUGCGUUAGAUACAUACGUCUAAGUGAAACGAUUUGUUUGUACGCAUUCUGCGUUUGUAAUGCAUUCUGUACGAAAUACAAUCACGUAAUGCGAGUCUUCAAGAACCUCCGUUGAGAAUAAUUGCUUCAUGAAUAAAUAAAUCAGUUCGAAGGAGCGAAGAAGAUUCUUCACAUCGAUGAAGCUUUAAUUGCAUUUCUGAGAGUUGAUUAUACAGCGUGCGGGAAUCUACUGCUUUCCUCUAUCAGUUUGUAUUUGACGUUGAUGAACAAUUAGAAAGGUUUCACAUGUAAUACGGCCUUUUUAUUAUGCGUCUCAAAUAUACGCAUGACAAGGUGGCACACGA